UUGGCUGUUGGGAGCUGUCAAUCACACCAGCGUGUGCGUCACUUCCGUUGUCAGGUGGUGCUGUCGCUGUGGAAAGAUGCGAUCAGCUUGGAGCGGAGGCUUUUCUUUAAUUGCUCAUUUCAGUCAUAGAAGCUAAAGCAACCCGAAAUCAAGUCGCCGCGUCGUUUCGUCGUCCGAACGCGGAGCUCCAACACACCCACCGCGGCCACGAACCAAGAAAUGUCCAUGUUUUAAAGCAGACAACGCCAAUCUUUCCCGGUGGUUUUGGCUCGAGGCAGAGGCCGCCUCGCUUGCCAGAUCACUGGCUGCGCGGAGAAACACGGUGGUGUCAGAAAGGGAUCGCUGUGUGCUGUCAUCGUGCUGAUGUCAUUUAGAGCUCCAGGAUGUCCAAGCGGCGCUCGUCAGAGAGGGGGGCUGGAGAGACAUCAGGCAGAGCCAGCAAGCUGCAGUGUACAGGGAUAUCUGGCAGCAAUGCCAAGAGGGCCGGCCCCUUCAUCCUCGGACCGCGCCUAGGCAACUCACCAGUACCGAGCAUAGUGCAGUGUUUGGCCAGAAAAGAUGGCACAGACGAUUUCUAUCAGCUCAAAAUCCUGACGCUGGAGGAGAGGGUGGACUCUGCUGGGGAGACUCAGGAGGAGCGGCAGGGGAAGAUGCUGCUGCAUACAGAAUAUUCUCUCCUCUCUCUGUUGUACAACCAGGAUGGAGUGGUCCACCAUCAUGGCCUUUUCCAGGACCGAGCCUGUGAAAUCGUGGAAGACCUCGAGGCCAACAAAAUGCGAAAGAUGAAGAAGCGCAUCUGCCUGGUUUUGGACUGUUUGUGUGCUCAUGACUUCAGUGAUAAGACCGCAGAUCUAAUAAACCUGCAGCAUUACGUUAUAAAGGAGAAGCGCCUGAGCGAGCGCGAGGCCAUCGUCAUUUUCUACGAUGUGGUUCGUGUGGUGGAGGCCCUCCAUAAGAAAAACAUUGUUCACAGAGACCUCAAACUUGGAAAUAUGGUGCUGAACAAACGGACACAUCGUAUCACCAUCACCAACUUCUGCCUGGGAAAGCACCUGGUGAGCGAGAACGACCUGCUGAAAGACCAGAGAGGAAGCCCCGCCUACAUCAGUCCUGAUGUAUUAAGUAGUCGGCCGUACCGCGGUAAACCCAGUGACAUGUGGGCUCUUGGCGUGGUCCUCUUCACUAUGCUCUACGGCCAGUUCCCUUUUUAUGACAGCGCACCCCAAGAACUCUUCCGUAAAAUCAAGGCUGCAGAGUACUCCAUCCCAGAAGAUGGUCGUGUGUCAGAGAACACAGUGUGCCUCAUUCGAAAGCUGCUCGUUCUGGACCCACAGCAAAGGCUGACAGCAGGAGAAGUGCUGGAGUCUCUGGGCGUCAUCAUUUCCUCAUGGCAGUCGGUGUCUUCAAUGAGUGGCCCCCUGCAGGUGGUUCCAGAUAUUGACGAUCAGAUCAAUAACCCAGAACAUUUACAAGAGGCCAAAGCCCUUGAGGAGUCUUCACAGUACGAGUUUGAGAACUACAUGCGUCAGCAGCUGCUGCUGGCCGAAGAGAAGAACACUAUCCACGAAGCUAAGAGCUGCAUCAACAACCGGCAUUUCGGCAGCAUCCCCCCCGUCAGGCGUUUAGGCCACGACGCCCAACCCGUCAGCCCGCUAGACGCCGCCAUCCUUUUCCUUCGGAAAAAGCCCCCAGCGACCCAUUAAAGCCCCCUCUGAAGAUGCCCGCUGUGGCCAAAGCUCCCCGAGAAGGAAAAAGCCCCAGAACGUUACUGGUAGAAUCCCAGCGGGCAUCAGACCAGACUUCCACGUCGGAGCUCCACCUUCCCUUUUUGGGCGAACACUGUUGGAAAAGCCUGGUGGAGGCUCUGAACCAAAGGCUCCUCCCCCCUUCACAGUAUCCCACCGAGCUGACACACAUGCAGUGUUAAAGAAACUACACACUCUAUGCUCCGCCCCUUUCUCUGUAACACUUCCUCCGAAUUCUGGGUUCUCUGCAACACCAGGAUAUGUAGCAAACCCCUCUCAGCAUAGUGGCAAAAAGCAUUGCUUCAACUCGAUUUUACGGAUGUCACUUCAGGAUACCUCCAUUCCACCUUCCUCCUCCUCCUCCUCCUCCUCUUUCCUGAUUUCUUGUAUUGAAAAUAACUAUGUCCAUAACUCUGACUUUAAAUCAAUCUACCUCUUUGUCCCUCUCCUCUGUUGAUAAGCGAUCCUCCCCGCUCUGAGACAAGGGAUUGUAACAGCCGAGUCCUGAUGCCACCAGUCUUUUUUUUUUUUUU